AUGAAACAAAUGGAUGAAACAAAAGAUCGUCGGUCUUUUUUUGAACGCUUUAAGCACUUCUCUGAAAUAGCAACAAUCCAUGGCUUGUAUCGCGUUGGCCACUCCACGGGGUGGAUUCGCAGAGUUGGCUGGGGGCUGCUGUUUGUUUCCCUUCUUACCUUGGUAACCGUCUUAACAGCAAGUUCUUUAAUGCAGCAUUUCUCGUAUCCGAUUUUGACGGAGGUGAACAAAGAGACGACAAGCUCAAUGAAGUUCCCGAGUGUAACAAUAUGCCACGCAAACAACUAUCGACUUGGUGCUUUUCGGGUACUAUCGGAAGGAUUUGAUAGCGACCUCUCACAGUUAAUAACAUCAACGAUUGAAAAGAGUUUGAAAAAUCAAAGUAUAAAAGGGCUAGAAGAAUCUGACGUAACAUUUGCCCUCGACAGCGUUUACCUUAAUAGCACAGUCAUCAAAAUGGUAAGCUCGACAGUAGAUAGCAUGAAGUGGAAGUUUGAAAAAUGGUGCACUUUUUCAAUGAUAGAUGAAUGUAAAUUUCCUCAAGAUUUCACAGACUAUUAUUACCAUUCGACGGUUGGCUUCUGUAAGACAUUCAAUUUCCAUGGUAAUUAUACCCAGAUUGCACCGGGCCUCCCAUUUGGUUUAAGUAUAAAACUGUUUAUAGACCAAUGGGACAAAGUGCCUCUAUUACGUGACAGCGUGGCAGGCAUUUUGCUUAUGAUACAUCCACAAGAUGUUUAUCCAAACCCAUUUGCAGAGGCAGUGCAGGUACCCACGGGCUAUGAGACACAUAUUUCAAUGCGUAAAUUGCUAUUCCAUCGACAGAAAAAACCCUACAAGGCAAACUGCACCAAUGGAGAUGGGAUAUUUCUAAUUUACCCUGGACGAUAUACUGUCAUCAAUUGUCAGUACAGCUGCUUCGUAAAAAAUUUAAUGGAAAAAUGCGGCCUGGUAGAAAGCGCCUACCAGUUUCAUAGCCCAAAAGAAUUUGCAGAGAGCUUAAAAAGAUUUUCGGCAAGAAAUAUGAGUGCGACUGAAGUGAAAAAAUGUAUACUAGAAACGGUGCAGAGCCUUAAAGGUCCGAAAGAUGAGUGCAUUUGCCCUGCCGCUUGCUUUGAAGAGAGUUUCAAUACCAGAGUAUCAUAUUCUCAAUGGCCCAAUCCUAGCAAUAUCCAUUACUACCGUACCAUGCUUGCUAACUUGACCAACCGAGAAAAUGUGACGACAGAUGACGUCUAUAAAAGCGUCAUUUCUUUGAAGGUCUAUUUCGAUGAGCUUGGACAGCAAGUGAUACGCGAAACACCAGUAAGUAAGUGGACGGACUUAUUCAGCAAAGUUGGUGGCCACUUCGGAUUAUGGCUGGGUGCGUCAAUUUUUUCGCUUAUGGAAAUGAUCGGUUUCACAAUAAAGUCAAUAAUCUGCCUUUUUAAAAAGAAAGUUUAUCCCGAUCGCGAGAAUCCGAUAAAAAUGAAUGUGAAGAUGAGGGAAUGAGCAUAACAGAAUUCUAACAUUCGUAGUUUCAGUUUUCACAUGCUUACAACAAGAGAGAGUCAGUUAUUGAUUCUUGCUGCAUGAAAAUUAAUGAGAGAAAAUCAUGCCUUCGAACAAAAGUCCAGUAGUCUUAAACUUUCAUUGUUGUAGCAAGGAUAGAUAAUAAACUGUCAGGUGCAACUUUGCUGUCUUUAAACCUUAUCAAGUUUUUAUAAAUUUUACAACAAUUUUGCUUUCCAAAAAUUGUACCAUCUUAGAUAGCAAUCAUUUGCUAUCAAUGAAAAGUGAAGAAGAAAAACUCGGAAAACAUGCUUUCCACUUAGCAAAUUACCUUAAGCAAAAAUCGAUCGACAAGCGAAUAAACAUUCAUAUUUUUGAUUAGUGGAAAUUGCGGGUAUCUAUUUUAGAAUAAUAUUUCAUUUGUAUUCUGUUUACUUUUUAAUUAUUUAUUCUCAAGUGCAAGUAAAAUCCGUAAACCCGGUGGCUCUGUUUAUCUGAACAUUUGAUGUUAUAGCAAGUAUUGUGUUUCUUAUAAAAACAAAUACAAGCACUUUUAACAAUUUAUAAAAAGCAUGUUAAAUAAAAUUUAAAUUAGCAACGUAAAUUUAAAUUUCACGCUGGGAUGAAAAGUGUAUAGUAGCGUAGUUUUCUUAACAAGGUAACCAAGAGUUUACAAUAAUUGAAUAAAAAAGACUGGAAGUCAAGAGAUCUAAAGCUGACCAAGGGCUGUAAAUCUCAUCUAAACAAAACCGAAUUUCAACAUCGAUGUAAUUACAUACAAACUUGACAUACCUUCCAAAUAUUUGAUACACAUCAUUCAAGCGAUAAGCCUUCUUAAACCUACAAAAAACAGCUAUCAUAAUACUAGUUCUAUGUGAAUAUUAUAGUUAAUUUAUCAUUGGAACUUAUUGCAGCUUUGGAACAUUUCAAGUUACGAGACCAUAUUGUAGUAAUGAAUACCGUAUUUCCUCUAAUUAAGGCCCCCUCUGAUAAACGCCGCCCUCUACCGAACGCCGCACCUUCAGCCAACCAUUUGAAAAAAACGCCGCCCUCUAUUGAACGCCGCAUCUUGAAAAGCGGCGUUCAUUAGAAAACACACCAAACAAGAAGUAAGGAAUCGUUUAUACGCUUACUAUUUGAAAGCCAUGAAAGCAUUUAUCUCAUAGAGACAUCUGAUAAACGCCGCCCUCAAUUGAACGCCGCAUUCAAAAUUUGGAGUUUGUAAUAAACGCCGCAGCGUUCUUUAGAGGAAAUACAGUAACAAUUUUGAGAAACAACUCCUUCUUAGCGAAAAAAUUAUUGCAUUUGCAUUACUGUAUUGCAUUAUGGCAAAAAUAUCGUGGUUAUAUGUCGUUCACAAUAAUAUUACUUUUAAGUUAAAGAUGUAACAAUUUUUCGAUCAAUU